GUCCAGUUCACAUGACCUACAUGCAAACAUGGCCCAUUCCCGACGACAGUGAAGGCAGCAGCACCUCCUCCUGCUCCUCCUCACCGCACUUUACUCUGAGAGGAGGCCGUAGACUGUGUAUAUAAAGAGGAGGCUCACUGUGGAGAUAAGUAAGUAGAGCUGAAUGAGCUGCUGACGGUGUGACUCCUCUCUAACCACAUGCAUGAACGUUGCACGACAAGCCCUCAACUGCUCCAGGUUUGCACGUCAUUCUGCAAACAUCAGACGGUUUUGUACUUCACAGUGUAUCAUGACAUCAUCACGGCACACUCAUGCAAAAAGAAUUGAGGGACUGGACAAAAAUGUCUGGGUGGCAUUUACCUCAGUGGCAGCAGACCCAUCUAUUGUUAACCUCGGCCAAGGCUACCCAGACAUCCCUCCACCUUCUUAUGUCAAGGAGGCUCUAGCUCAGGCUGCAUCCGUGGACAAGAUGAACCAGUACACCAGAGGCUUUGGUCACCCAUCUCUGGUGAAGGCCCUUUCUCAAGUUUAUGGAAAGGUCUAUGGACGUCAGAUUGACCCAUUCAAAGAAAUCCUGGUCACAGUCGGAGGUUAUGGUUCCUUAUUCAGCACCAUGCAAGCACUGGUGGAAGAGGGAGACGAGGUCAUCAUAAUAGAACCUUUUUUCGACUGCUAUGUACCUAUGGUACGAAUGGCCGGGGCAAAGCCUGUGAUGAUACCGUUACGCCUUAAGUCUGUUGAGAAGAAGGACAUCACAAGUGCGGACUGGGUUCUUGACCCACAUGAGCUUUCCAGUAAAUUCAACCCUAAGACAAAGGCCAUCAUCAUCAAUAAUCCCAACAAUCCUAUAGGGAAGGUUUUCACCAGAGAUGAGCUGCAGAUGAUCGCUGACCUUUGUAUCAAACAUGACACUCUGUGCUUCAGCGAUGAGGUUUAUGAGUGGCUCGUCUACAGGGGCCACCAACACAUUAAAAUCGCGACUCUGCCUGGAAUGUGGGAUAGAACAAUUACUGUCAGCAGUGCAGGGAAAACAUUUAGUGUCACUGGCUGGAAGCUUGGUUGGUCUAUAGGACCCGAGCACUUGAUAAAGCACCUUCAGACCAUCAUGCAGAAUACUCUCUACACCUGUCCGACACCUUUACAGGAGGCUGUGGCACAAGGUUUGCUCCUGAACUGUGAGCUGAUGGGUCAGCCUGAGUGCUACUUCUCCUCACUGGCAGAAGAACUUGAAAGCAAGAGGGACCGCCUGGCUUCUAUCCUGCUGGAGGUCGGCAUGACUCCUGUCAUUCCAGAGGGAGGAUACUUCAUGCUAGUGGAUGUCACAUCUCUCAAUCAGGACCUGUCACAUAUGGGUGAUGAUGACGCCUAUGACUACAAGUUUGUGAAGUGGAUGAUAAAAGAAAAGAAACUGGCAGCCAUUCCAGUCACAGCGUUUGUUGGGGAUGAGUCAAAGAAGCAGUUUGAGAAAUAUAUUCGCCUUUGCUUCAUUAAGCAAGACAGCACUUUGGACGCAGCAGAGAACAUCCUGAAAAACUGGACAAAGAUUUAAUGCAGUGUCUGGGCAGCAUCAUUUCAGGAAAGAGGACCAACCCUGUGGUCAAACUGAAGGUUCCGGGUUUUGAUUUCAACCUUGCACAUGAACUAGAAACUGUGAACAUGUUUUUAGUGAAAUAUUAAUAGUAGAAGUGUGAGUGGCCACGGGUGGAUCAGUUGUAGUGCACUGUUGCUGUUAUGGUCAGGUGGGUGAUCCUGAAAACAGCUGGUGACUCAGAGACAGCCUUUCAAAUCAUGUGUCAGCAGAAAAUAAGUCAGUGCAGCAUCACCUAUUAAUGAAUACUAGGCUGUUUUUUCAACUGUAUCAGUGAUGGAGACUUGACGUGCUCCUGCUGCAGUCAUCUUUUUAAAGCAAUAUUCAUAGAGAAACAUUUGUUCUUCAUUUCAGUGACAGUGCAACUCGCAGGGGACUCAUCAUCAACACCUCUGUUUUAGUCAGUCUCUUCAUUCCACUGCUGAGGCUGCUAAAAAGUCAAGACUUCAUUUAUUAGAUCUCUGAAUCUUCAAUUCCCCAAAUCAUCAAGUUCUUCUCUUUACUCUUUGAUGUCAUUUUCAUGAACAAACACUUCUGACAUUUGAGACAGGAAGUGUAGCCUUGUAUGUUACUACUUUGGGGGGGUGUUAGUCAUGCUUAUUUGCUGUCCUCAUCUAUGCACAGAUACAUUUAUCUUCUAUAUGUAAACCAUUUACAUUUAGAGGCGUUUGUUGAAUCUGACUUCUCAUGUUUGUACAAAAUCUCCUUACAAACAAAUGUAGAAGAACUUGUUCUUGCAUGAGACCCAGUCAACAUUACUGCUGUUCAUUAUUAUAAACCCCUCAUUUGUAAGGUGAAAGGUCUUCAUUCAUAUUGUCACAUAUACUUGAUACAUACUCGAUCAACCUAAAGCACACCAGACGGUUUUGUUUUAAUUUCUGUUUUCAUGGCUGCUCCUCUUUAAUGUGUUGACUUGCAGCUUUUUGGACUUUACCAGCAUUCACAUUUGGUUGAAUCUCUCUUUGGGAAACUUAGAUGUCUGUAGUGCUAAGAGUCGGUUAGAAUUUGUGCACUCAAUAAAUGCACUCACAGUUUGUUGUCUAA